AUGAAGCCACUUCCGAUAUCCGGCCUGUUCCAGCGGCUCCUGGGCAGGGAGCACCCGCUGUCUAAAGUCAUGCAACGCGAGAACAGCUACCAACUGUUUGGCCACUGCGUGGGGUCCCAGGUCACGUAUUGCGACUCCCGCUUGUCCGAAGGGAGCAACCGGAACCUGGCCUUGGACAGGCUGGCUCAAACAACAGUGUUCCCUUGCAAGUACCGCACCUUUGGAUGCUCGGCCGCUUUUUUAAUAGCGGCAAAGAAAAAGCACGAGAUGACGUGCGAGCACGGGCCAUCUCGAUGCGUGCUCGGGGGGCAGACGUGCAAGUGGACCGGACCACUAAAACGACUCGUCGACCACAUUCUUCGCUGGCAUGGCUUCGUCCCCAGACUUCAAGGUGAGAACAUUCUAAUCACGGCUACGCGUUUCAACCGCGAGGAGGCCUUCUCCUGGUUCGCCCUGCAGACGUGCUUAGGCCGCGACUUCGUCAUCGUCCUCAAGAAGAGCAGCAACGGAUCUUGUUGCAAGCAUUUCCUCGGCCUCGUUGCACUAGUUGGAUCGAACCGAGAAGCGCGAAAUUUUGUGUACCGCCUGCGGCUUUGUGGAACCAAGCACCGGCUCACGUGGGAGGCCAGCAUGAAAGGAAUCUUCUCACUGGCAGAGCGUAUUGAGAGGGGAGACGGCCUACUAUUCGACUUCACGACAGCCCAGCGCCUCUGCAAUGGCACCAACCUCAUCAUGGACGUCGCCAUCAGCGCCGCACCGUUGUGCGGUGAUAAUGCGCUGUAA